GCCAACUAUCGGUUCGGUCUGCCGACUGUAAACAAAUCUCUACCACACCACAAUGUACCGAAAAGACACACUUCCUGAGCAGCAGGUUUCCGCGCUGUCGCCGCCGGUGUUAACGAUCAUCAUGUAGACCGACGACAUCGUUUGCAGGGAGUGUUACGACGGUUGAUUUCUGACACUAUAGCUGAACCUGUCAGUGCUUUGGCCGGUAGUAUCACGAGUAUUUUUUUUAUGCUACGGUUAUCAUAAUGGUCGCCGGGUGAAUAGCACACCAGGGCUAGCUCGCUAACGGUUAGCAAACCCUAUACGUCGGUCUGACUUUGGCACCGACACGCGCUAGCUACAGUCUCUUCGGAGGUACGUGAACAUGGCAUCGCCCGCAGAGCACGACCUGGCUCUGUCUGAAGCGGACAGCAGCAAGGAGAAAGCACAGGUGUUCGGGAUUCUGAGGCUGCAGGAAGAGAAAUCUGGUGCUGGUGACAAAGCUAACAGUAGCAGCACAGUGAGAGGAGGAGGAGGAGGAGGAGGUGGUGGUGGUGGUGGAGGAGACGGGCGAUGGCAGGCUCCUAUCUUCGCUUUGGCCAGAAAAGCAUCCGAGACCAUUUCAGGGAGCAUUCACGUCCUGCCCAAAGUGUCGGAGCACAGGACGUCUCUGCCAGGGGACUGGAGCGUCCAAGCCCUGCGAGACCCCAUGGCCAUGGAGCGAGCCAACCUGCUGAACAUGGCCAAGCUGAGUAUUAAAGGGCUGAUUGAGUCGGCUUUGAGCUUUGGACGAACCCUGGACUCAGACUACCCGCCUCUUCAGCAGUUCUUUGUUGUCAUGGAGCACUGUCUCAAACAUGGCCUCAGAGUGAAGAAGUCCUUUCUGGGCUUUAACAAGUCUCUGUGGGGUCCUCUGGAGCUGGUGGAGAAACUGUGUCCUGAAGCAGCAGAGAUUUCAGCCUCUGUACGAGACCUGCCAGGACUUAAGACUCCUUUAGGCAGAGCCAGGGCGUGGUUGCGCCUGGCACUCAUGCAGAAACGGUUAGCUGACUAUCUGCGACUCCUCAUCACUAGAAAAGACCUGCUCAGUGAUUUCUAUGAGAAUUCAGCACUGAUGCUGGAGGAGGAGGGAGCAGUGAUUGUGGGCCUGCUGGUGGGCCUGAACGUCAUCGAUGCCAACCUGUGUGUCAAAGGCGAGGACCUGGACUCUCAGGUGGGGGUAAUCGACUUCUCCAUGUACUUGAAAAACGACAUUGAUGAUUACAGGAGUGAAGAGAGGAAUAGCCAGAUAGCAUCCAUCUUGGAUCAGAAGAACUAUGUUGAGGAACUGAAUCGACAACUCAACUCCACAGUCCAUGGUCUUCAGGGCAGAGUUGACUCUCUGGAAAAGUCCAACUCUAAACUCAUAGAGGAGUUAGCCAUAGCCAAGAACAACAUCAUUAAACUGCAGGAAGAGAACCAACAGCUGAGGAGUGAAAACAACCUCAUUCUGCUGAAGGCACAACAUCAUUUAGAGGUAACCCAGGGCGAUGUGUCAGUGGAGAGAGACACAUAUAAACAGUCUCGUCAAGGUUUGGAUGAGAUGUACAACGAGGCUCGGAGACAGCUGAAGGAGGAGUGUCAGCUCAGACAGGACGUGGAGAAUGAGUUGGUUGUCCAGGUGUCAAUGAAACAGGAAAUGGAGCUGGCCAUGAAACUUCUGGAGAAAGAUAUUCACGAAAAACAGGACACAUUGAUCGGACUGAGACAGCAGCUGGAUGAGGUCAAAGCCAUCAAUGUAGAAAUGUACCAGAAGAUGCAGUCGUCCGAUGAGGAGAUGAAGAAGAAGAACGAUAUGAUCAGCCGACUGGAGGAGAAGACCAAUCAGAUCACUGCCACCAUGAAACAGCUGGAGCAAAGUGAUAAGGACCUGCUAAGUCAGACCAGAACGCUUGCUAUGUCAUUUGUUAAGUGUGCCAGCACAGACACGGAGCACCAGUACAAGCUAGUCAAGGACAUCUCCUUCUGAGGACACACAUGCACACACACGCACACAUGCAGACACAUGAUUGCUUUCAACUGAAUGAAUAAAUGGACUUAACUUAAAGGAACAUUCCUGUUUUUUUGCACAUAAUAUUCAGAUGGUUUUAUGGCCUGAGUGCAGCCGCAGAAUCAGGUGAAACUGGAAUGCAUCGUUUUGGCCCUGUACUUAGUGAAACAUGAUCAUCAUCAGCAGAGUUGUUGAAUUUGUAGGGAACACCACAACAUGUUUCAUGGCCUUUAGUUAAAUUGCAUUCAUUCGACUUUAACAGCUCGGUUUGUGCUAAAUGAGGAUACAUCCUGAGAGUCUCGACUUUUCUCAUUUAGCAUCAUCAGAGGCUGCGUUUAGCUGGUCAGAGAACUGUCUGAAUAUUACCUCACUUAUACUUUAAUAGAAACUAAAAAAAAAAUAAAAAAAUUUAAAUCAAUCAUACUACUUUACCUAUUCACUCACAUGCUCAGGCAGGCAUAGAUAUAAAUACACACGCUACACAUUCGUCCUGUCUCCACUAAUCAGUUUAUAUGCAGUAUCACUGACAGUAAGAAAAUUGACUGUUUAGGCUCUGAAUUGUAAGUUAAGAGGCUUUGUUGUUGUUCACACUGAGUUAGGAUGAAUACAGUGAGCUGUAACGCUCAUAUCACAACUACUGAGUGGUUUUAUCUGGCCACUCGUUAAAAUCAGAGCCACUGGUUGAGUUGACACUGUAGUGUUUACAGGAGGGACUGUACAAAAGUUACCGGGGUGGGGUUUACAUGUUAGGGGAUCUAUUUUCAAGCCAGAACACGUUGCCACACAAGUGAACUGGUAUUUUCCUAUGGCACACUCCCUCCCUCCUAAUAAUUUUUCGUACAGUCCCAUAGUGGCAUCCAUAUUGGCUCUGCUGAGAUUUUUAAGUAGCUGCUUCUGUGCUUUGCUGUCUGUCAGACGAGGGCAUUUGUUUUUUACGUAAUUGCAACUGAUUGUCUUCAGUUAGAAGCUAGAGCGGUAAUAUGAAAACCAUCAUACAACCUAGACAAAGUGUUUCUACAGCUGCCUGCAUUUCAUCACAGUCAGUCGGUGGUGUUCACUUACAGACGUAUAGUCAGACAGGAGUGUGCCACCUCCUGCUUUUAAUUUGUUGCUGGUUUGCUCUGCAUGUGUUGCACCUCCUGACCUGCUUCUGACUGGCUGUGAUGACCCUGUGUCUGAAAUCAGUCCCUCUUUUACUCAGUCAGCCCUCCCUGUAGACACACAAUAGUUUACUCCACACUGAGCAGUAAAUUGAGAUAAUAAGAUUAUAUACACAACAUUUUGGCAGUAAAUAGAGCAUACAUUUCACACUACAAUUUGGACACUCAGAUAAAAUGGCAGAGGGUAAAUAUAGCGCACUGUACCUUUAAAAAGGGAGUUAUGUGAUUUCAGACACAGCCUGUCUCUUUCUUGCUCUUCGUUCUUGUGAAGAUUCACCUAAACUGUAAAGGUUGUGAGGUUGAGUCAAUUUUGCUCGUGUAAACAGCUCAGUGGGACCAGCAGCUUUAGCUCAAUUCAUUUACUUUGUUUCUGCAGAACAGACAGCUGAGCCCAGUGUAAAGAAUUGUAGUUACACAGCUGUAAACCUCUGGAGCUUCUGUCAAGGGACCCUGAAUGUGUUGUUGUGUCUCGUCUUGGCAUAUUUAUUGACUUUUGUGAUAUAUCAGGAAGUAAUCAUUCUACCUAUUCUAACUCCUCGUUCAUAGUACUGUAACUCCUCUCAGUUUGUAGAAGAAUUAAAAAGUCGGUACAGCUGUUAAAAACUCACAACUACUGUCUUUUACCAACAUGACAAAUAAAGUUAGAUGUUUUGAAAGCGGUGUGGUUUGAAUUUUUGGCCAGGUUCAGAGAGGCUCUUUUAAGAUCGUAAUCUUUGUUAAUAUCCUCACAUCCCAGAAACGUGAUGAAAUAAGUUUCCGGUCUGUGUAGUAUUAGGUGAAAAACAAUGAAAUAUUGUUUUUCUAUAUUGUUCAAAAUCAAAAUGCUGUGUUUCUGUGAAGUAUCUUUGUUAAAGACAACAUGGUGAUGCUAUACUCACCAUGUUGGGGUGCUCUGAGAUGCUGCAUUUGGUCAGUUAUUUUCUUUAUUUCUUGUCCAUUCAGUUGCUUCAAGGCGGUUUUCCCUCAUUGUUUUAUCAUGUGUCUUUAUUUUGGAUUCAUCACCCCUUUUUAUGAUCUCCCACAGUUCACCUCUCAUCCCUGCACUGUUACAUUUUAAUCUCUGCUGUUGUAACACUUCAAAGUACGCCAUCCCUCACCCCAACAACCUUCUUCAUUCACCCCUCAUUCGUCUCUCCCCCCAGAAACUUCAGUUCUUUACCUCCCUCCUCACCCAUCAUCCUCCUUCCCAUCUUCCUCUGUUCUUUUCUGCCUUCACCCCCCACCCAGUUUUUUCUCUCCAUGGUCCUGAGUUUGUCCCUGGUUAUAAU